AAAUGGAAGUAUAAGUACACACAGCUCACGCAUGACGAAAUCAACGUUUAAAGGUCGACCGGAUUCGAGCAUUCGACGGGACUAUAAAUAGGGGAGCCUCAUUCGUUCUCCCUCUGUCAAACGCUUCGCAGUCCAUCACAGAUCGGAUCACCAUCUUCCCAGAUUACGCCUAGGAAGAAACUUGAACCAGAGCUCCCCAUCAAUGGCCACCAAAGUCUACAUUGUUUACUAUUCGAUGUACGGUCAUGUCGAGAAGCUCGCAGAAGAAAUCAAGAAAGGCGCCGAUUCAGUGGAAGGAGUAGAAGCAAAAUUAUGGCAGGUUCCGGAGACAUUGCCUGAGGAGGUUCUGGGUAAGAUGGGCGCUCCGGCGAAGAGCGAUGUGCCGAUAAUCACUCCGAACGAGCUCGUGGAGGCCGAUGGCGUUAUGUUCGGCUUCCCGACCCGGUUCGGGAUGAUGGCUGCCCAAUUCAAGGCCUUCAUGGAUGCAACCGGCGGCCUCUGGGGCUCGCAGAAGCUGGCAGGCAAGCCCGCAGGGAUAUUCUACAGCACCGGGUCUCAAGGAGGUGGACAGGAGACCACUCCAUUGACCGCGAUCACCCAGCUGACCCACCACGGCAUGAUCUUCGUCCCCGUUGGGUACACCUUCGGGGCGGGCAUGUUCGAGAUGGAGAAGGUGAAGGGGGGGAGCCCAUACGGCGCAGGGACUUUUGCCGGUGACGGCUCGAGGCAGCCUUCGGAGCUCGAGCUCGGGCUCGCGUUCCACCAGGGCAAGUACUUCGCCAACAUCGCAAAGAAGCUUAGGGCCUCUGCUUAAAAUUAGUCCCUUAUUGUCUUGUUCUUGCUUUUACAUUAACGCAGUAGCACCACAUGUGCUCUUGGAGGGCCCAAAUGAAGAUGUGGCCAUUGCUUUUGCCAAAACAAUAGUAUAACCAAAGCCCUUCUCCUUCUAAAGUAUGAUUAUCCUUGCUGUUUUUCAUUAAUAUGUUGUAAUUAUGACCAUAUAUGUUUUCAUUUCUGAUAAUUCAUUUA